GGCUUUCCGAGAAGUUAAUGAGUGGGAUAAAGAUUUCGGCGUUGGGGAACACCGUUUUGGCCACCUUGAGGGCCCUUUGAAUCUGUUUAAAGGAUGGCCUCUGCGUGACGGAAGUUGGCCCCUGGAUAGCUGUCCAUCUGAAGGUCCUGGAGACGGACAGGUGGAAGACGACUAAUAUUGGAGUCACCAAUCACCAGGACCUUCUUAUCAACAGACAGGCCGAAGUGACCGUUCUAGGCCCUUUUCGGAUUCCCGAAAAAAAUUGGGACCAGCUUGGACCCGCUUCGGGAACCGGCGUGCGUGGAGGAGGGGUGUCCACGAGGGGCACGUCCGGAAGAGGCGCGUCCGGGAGGGGCGCGUCCAGGAGGGAGGAAGUCGGCGAGGGUGGUCCCGGUUGGCCAGAACCUAGUUGAGACCAACUGGGGGGCGUGUCAGGGGGCAGCUGGGACCACCCUGGAGGCCCCUCAGGGGAUGACGCCGGCUGCUCAGGUGGCGGUGGCGCGUCCGAGACCGCAGGAGGGACCCUGACUUCGGUCUCGACCCGCGAAUGCGGCCUGGGUGGCGGGACCAGGGGAGCCUCGACAAUGGAGUUGUCGGGAGGACUGCUGCAUGGCUCCUGGGGUCGUGUCAUUCUCUGGGGCCUGGAUGGUGCCGCAGCCAGAGAAGAAGGCGACAAAACCGGGAAGGGGACCGGGGUGACCGGUCCCCUAGGCCCCGGAACCGGUUCCACCACAGGGGACCAGUCCCCGACCACAGGGUCGGUCAUGGUGGACGCCGUGGCGCGCACAGGAGCGUGCAGGGUUGGAACCGGUAGGGGCAGCGGCAGCGGCAGUGGCGGCGGCGGCUGCACUACCUCCAUCACCACUCGGGUGCUGGACGGAUCCAAGCGGACUGGUGACCCCGUCUGCUGGGAUCGUGACGGACUACCCCCCUCGUCCACGCCACGAACGUCCACACAGACGGAGAUCACCAGACCCUCGGCCAGCCGCAGUGUCUCGGUGGUCAACCUGCGUCCCAGGUGUGUCCUGGUCCAAGCUGAGGCCACCUGGAAUGGUUCCUUCCAAUUUUGCCCAAUAAAAGCACUCAAUUUGUUGAUUUCCGUCUGCAGUGCUUUUUUAUAA